GAGAGGCGGCGGACGGAAUGGGACGGUGCAGGUGCAGUACAUGGAAACCUGACUGGCAACAAUGAUGAUGAUGAUAGUAAUGAGGAUGAUGAUGAUGAUGGUACCCCGCCUACCAAAACUACCACCACCACCACCACCGCCAAGUACCUCCUAGUUUCAAUGUAAUGAGUCCCAAGUCUUCAGGCAGGAGGUAAACAUGGGUGAGGGUGGCGGCGGGCGCGGCAAGAUGUGCCUCCUGAAGCUCCUGGCGGCGGCUGCGGUGGUGUCUUUCGUUGUGGCCUCGGAGGAAGUCAGUGUGGAGGAUAUGUUGGAUCGGCUGGAAACCAUGGGCCUAACUGACCAGGAGGUGGACGAGUUACUAGCGGAUGAAGACUUGGAGUCGCUGCAAGACAAACUGUAUGAACUGGAUACCAAAUCAACCGGGUCCGAUCUGUCGCCCUUUGAAACUCUUCUGCCACACUUAAAGACUAACAAGCCGAAGACCGUCGGGGAAUUGCUGAACGCUGGUAAACAAGCCCUGGACCGCGGGCAAGUCGAGCUAACCAGGAGCCUGGGUAUGAAGGUCCACCGCUACCAGAAGGCUGUGCGCAAUGUGAGCUCCGUCAUGGUGACCGGCGCUCCAUUGGUGACCUUGACCCUGGAGGAUGACCCCACCCCCUCCUCUGACUGGAUGCUGCACGUGACCGCCCUCCACCUGCACACCCACCUCACAACCACCUACCUGCUCCUUGGCAGCCUCAGGACUCGGGAGCAGCGCGUGGUGGUUUGGUCCAGUCACUCUCGCACUCUCAGAACCUUAGCCAAGUUUCAACUCACGGACGUCAGCAUCGAUAGAGUGGACAGGACGGCGACUUACCUGCACGAAGGCUUCCUGUUCUUGGUGCUCGGUUCGUCACGCUCGCGCCUGGUGAGCGUGGUGUGCAUUGAGCUGGCCACUAGUCGCGUCAUGCUGCCUCACGUCAUCACCCAGCGUGGCGUGGUGGGCGCCCUCCAUCUGCUAAAGGCUGGAGGCAAUCUGUACCUGGUGGUCGGCGAGAGUUACCACUACUCGCCGAAAGAUGGCAAUGGGCGCUCUGAAUUGUACAUGCUCGUGGGUGACUUCUUUGACAAGCAAGAGGACAUAGUGUUCGAAGCGUCUGGUGUGAGGGACAUCACUAGCUUCGCCUCGCAAGGCAAUCACUACAUUGUCUUCGGCAUGGAAGAACCGAAGGGUUCCAAGGUGUACGCUCUGCACACAAGGACGCACACGGUCAUCUCGCACUUGGAGGGUUUGGGCGUGACCGUGAGCCUGGUGCAGCGUCUCGUGGAGACACGCGUGCAGCGCGUGGCCCACUUCCGUGACCAGACUGACCUCAAGCACUUCGUGGUGGUGCUGGGCCGCUUCUCAUCUACUGUCUACUGGUGGAAUGAUCACCGGCUGGUCAAGUGGCAGACUCUGGACACGCCGCAACUCCCUGGUGUCGGCGGCUCCCUCGCUGCCUUGCCACUGCCUAACUUCGAGCACCUGCUAUUCGCCUCUGCCGGGUCUAACAUCACCGUGUACACCUACCACACGACGGGCACACACCAGCCUUCCUUCAUUAUCUCUACCGCCUGCCAAAGCAUCAGAGACUUAAGUGCUGCCAAUGUCGGGACGGACCAUCUACUUGUCUACGUGUGUGAAGGUCCCGUGAACCGAAUGGAGGCCAGGCUGGUGCAUCUAGAAGAUUUGAUGGAGGGCCGCGAGGAGCAGCAGAGUCAGUUGUCCACGUGUCUGGCUGACCUGCGGGCCGUGCUGGACGCCAGAAAGGAGGACGUGGCAAUCCUGCAGCAGGUGGUGGACACGGACGCCCUCAUGACUGUUGAUCGCCCACAGGUGUGGAGCGGACCCAUCGUCGUACCGGAGGUGUGGGUGGAGCAGACUUCCUCCCUGCAACACACGGUGGUCAUCCCACCUGGUGGUGGCGCAGGAAACCAGAGCAUCAACGAGUUCCAGGCCCUGGUGAACAGACUGCAGAGCGAGGUGACAGACUUGAAGGCAGCGUUGGGCACCAUCCUUUACUACAUCGGCGAUCAGAUCAUCUCCAACCCCACGUCGUCACUCUCCAUCAACGUUACACAUGCAUUCUUCGAAGUGGUCACAGUCAGCAAGCUUCACGACUUGCCCAUGACCAGACUAAUACAGGAAGUGCUGUUGGACGGCCCCGACCAGAUCAUCACGGGAGACUGGCAGUUCGGCCAACUUAACACCCAGAGACUGACUACCCGUGGCCGCCACCCACCAGGCAGGCUGAACGGCGUGCUGACUGCAGACUUGAUGCGGCGCAGCGUGGCUGAUCAGGUGGUGACGGGGCGACACGAUUACCGUAGCAUGACCGCGGGAAGGAUCUGUCACAUUCGCUGCGAACAGGACCUGUCCAUCCUAGUCAACGGCAUCGACACUUCAACCAUCGUGAUGCGGGGCGCGCAUGCCACCUUCACCGCCAGGAAGACCUUCAGCCACGUGGUGCUGCGGGACACCCUGGACGUCGCUACCGUGAAUGGGGUGUCGCUGGCACAGGUCCUGGACAACGUGGUAUUCACGGACUUGCGCGGAACACAAGUGCUAUCGGGGCGCCAUGCCAUCCAGCGGCUCACCGUGGAGGGUAACCUAAACGUAGGCUCCGUGAACGGCGUCAAUGUGAGAGAAUUGGACAAGGCCGUGGUGAAGAAACACGGAGACUACAGGAUGGCAGGCUCGGUAGUGUACAAGAGGAACUUGGCCGUCCAAGGCUCCACGGAGGUACAGAGUGUGAACGGCGUGCCUUGGGGAGAACUCUUGCCCCUCAACGCACCAGUGAGCAUCAGUGGCUUCUACACCUUCGCCAGGGCCACGGUGUUGGGUGCGCUGCGCUCAGACAACAUCAAUGGCCUGGACCUGAGCCAGGAGGCUGUGCUGCUGGAUGUGGACCAGAACAUACAAGGCCGCAUUCAAUUCCUGGAAACGGUGAGAGUGACGGGAGCCGCGGGUGUGCGUUUGGGUGAAGGUGUCACGGUGAACGGCAUAGACCCCUCCGAGGUGGCAGUUAGUGGCUUGGGUGGCGGCAGCAGCAUCGGAGGAAGGGUAGUCGUGGUGGAGGAAGACCUGAACAUUACUUCCAUGCAGGUGAACGGCAACGUGGUCAUCUCGUCCAUCAAUGGCGUCGAUCUGACGGAGCUGGAGCGACGCUUCUGGCGCAAGUCUGUGUCACAGGAAAUAGACGCUGCAGUGCACAUCAACAAUGCUGUCUUCCUGGGCGGAGUGGAGGGCAGCACACUGAACGGCCACGCGGUGACUGAUUACCUGAGGGCAGACGUCAACCAACGGAUAACAGGACGCUACACGUUCGAGGGUUCGGCUGAGGUGCACGGCAACCUGGUGGUAGCGCAGGGCAGGAGGUUGGCUGGUGUUGACGUGUCAACGUUGCAUGCUCAAGUGGUAACACUGGACACAGCGCAGACACUGGAAGAGGAAGUGGUGUUCUCCGGGCGGGUGACUGUGGUGGGUGAUGUGGACGUGCAGGGUGAUUUCCUCCAGGUGUUGUCUAGAGGUCUGCGGCUGGACGAGACCAUCCCACACACAGGUCACUUGAACUUCGCGGGCGGGGCGGUGGUUGGCACCUUGCAAGUCACUGGGUCCGACAUUACGGUGGCGUCGCUCAAUGGCCUGGACGUGGCGGCGGCGGCAGCAGACCUGGUGCUGGCGGACCAAGACGCGACCAUCACGGGGGGAGUACGCGUCUCCGGCAACGUGAACAUUCGUGAGCUCCGCGUGUCCGGCCUCAUUGACGGCGUGGACGUGGGCCGCAUGAUGUCCCGCGCUCUACGCACAUCCUCCCGCACCCCGCAAGUGGUGACGGCGGGCUUGAUUGUGGAGGGUGACGUGCACUUCGCUCGCGCCCCGACCCUUGCACGUGUGAACGGCGAGGACUGGGCCACGCACCUUGGCAGUGUGGUGCAGGCUGGACAGAGGGAGCGCAUCGAGGGUAGAAAGCUAUUCGCGGGCGGUCUUCGUGUCACAGGCAACUUGCAGGCACGACACAUAAACGGAGUGCAGCUCAGCGCCCUGGCCUCGCGUAUCCUCCGAAAGUCCUCCCAGCAACUCAUUAGUGCCCCGUACACCUUCACUGGUGAUGUGACUGCCGAAGAGUUAUCCGCUGGCGUGAUCGACGGCGUUAACAUGGACGAAGUAGUGCUUAUAGACCAGGGCGGCGAGCUGAGCGGCAGCGUCACGUUCACAGAGGAUGUCACCUUUUUAGCGGGACUCACGGCGGACACCAACGUGCUGGAUUCCUGUGACUUUAGCAAGCUACAGAUUGGACCCACGCUAGGCGGGAGCGGGGAGUCCGUGGUGGAGAUGCCUACCGUGGAGAUUGACACCCUGGUGGUGGAGGGCAAGACUUUCCUCUCCUCUUCCGCCUCCAUCAUUGCACAAAACUUCGAUCUGCUUCAGUUCCUCAAUUCGCUGGUCCUUAAAUCCACCGACCAAGUAAUAACGGCUGACGUGAAGUUCCUGAAUGAUGUGCGAGUGGGCGAGAUGCGAGCUGCGGUGGUGGAUGGCGUGGACGUGGAAGCGUUGUUCCGGCAGGCUGUGCUUCGCGGAGACGAUGUGGUGAUUGAAUGCGACCUUCACCUGAGUGAGGGGCUGCAGGUGGGCAGGUUAGAAGUGAAGGCAGGUGUGGGUGGUGUGGACGCUGCUGGUGUGCUGUUCAAUGGAGUGGACUUGUCAGAACUGCAGAGGCGAGCUGUGCUACGUGACGGAGGGACGUAUGUGCUGCAGGGACGCAAGGUCUUCACAGCGGGCUUGGCUACACACCGCCUCAGAGCAGCAACUCUGGCGGGCGUGGCGGUGCGUGACCUGGUGACUGUGGGCGCCGUCUCCAGCAGGCUUCCAUCCCACCUGAUGUUCAGGACGCCCCUCACUGUGCUGGGUGACCUCUGGGUGUCAGGUCUGGUGGAUGGUGUGGACUUGGAGCAUCUCUUUACGGAGAGAGUUAGACUGGACGUUCACCAGACGCUCGCCUCUACCUACCACUUCGAAGCGCUCAGGAUAGAAGGCGACUUCACCACCUCCAGCAUCAACAACGUGACCAUCGCUGACCUGGUUCUACGUAGCGGAGUGACGAGGCAAGUGAUCAGCGGGCGCAAGGUGCUCCAGGGCGGCCUGCAGGUGAACGGAGUGCUUCAAGUGGGCUCCCUCAACGGUAUAGACGUGACCGAGCUAAACAGGACGGUAGUGAGAGUAGAUGACGCCAGCGCUGUGAUCCGCGCUGACAUGAGAUUCGAGGGCGAGGUGCGAUGUCUGGGCGGGACGGAGGUGCGCCAGACUGUGAACGGGCUUGACUUGUCUUUGCUGGCGCGCCGCGUGACGGAGAUCCAGCAGCGCUUAGUUGAUGAGAAGCAGCGGUUCAGGAACAUCCUCAGCCAGUUCGGAUCAUUAAACGAGGACAACUACGUGAAGGCCAGAGAGCUGUAUGCAGAGAUGGCAUCACUGGAGCGUGUGUUCCUGCCGCAAGAAACCAGCGCGUUUGGUCACUUGUGGGUAGGAUCCAUACCUGGCGUGGCAGAGGGACAUGUGCUCAAGAUAACAAAGUGCCACGUGUUGCAGUGUGGCUGUGACAUUGAGUGCCACUACUUCAAGGUUGCCAACGAUACUCGCCUGAUGCCCGUCCAUCACCUAGGGAGCAGCGUGGCUAUCACAACACACCUGCUGCGGGAUGGUCAGUCCCUCGUGGCUCUGCAUUCCCAGUGUGUGGGUGGGCGGGACAGACAGGUGAAGGUGAGCCUGCAGCACCACGCCGCCAAAUCGGUUCUGUUGCAGGGUGUGCUCUUAGACUCUGCGGUGUUUGUGGCUGACGGCGUGGACUACCUGGUGGCUGCUGUCUACAAGGAGAUGGACAGAAGCAACGUGUACGGCUUCGAGGACAGCAGUGAGGUGGUGCGCAGCGAGGUGGUGGUGGUGCGUGUGGACGCUGCCGCCAACAGCCUGCACGUGGUGACCCGCUGGGAUACCAAGACCUUAGUGGUGGCCCUGGACGUAACGCAGGCUGGAGGGUCGUGGUUCCUGCUGUUGGCCAAUGGAUUUGGAGACACUUCGGUGGACAGAUACGUCACGCCUUCUGAGAUCCUCCUCUGGGACACAAACACCAGACGGUUCCUGCACAAAGAGGAGCACAUGGGCAGCUACUUGUCGGGCGGGUCCUUCGUGCAGGCGAUGGGGGAAACCUUCAUGGUAUUGUCGCAGUACAAGAGCAAGCCACCACAGAUCAGCCGCUUCGCCUCAUCCUGCGCUUCUAAGGUCCUGGUCUUCCGGUACAACAAAGCCACGCAGGAGUUUGUGGAGUUCCAGUCGAUCGCCGCCUACGGUGUGGUGUCCCAAACAACGCUUCAGGUGGAUCGUUCUCUGUACCUCAUCUUGGCGUCUCCUUCCGAUCAUUGUGUAUACGUGUGUCUGUACAAGCAUUCUGAGGGCUUCAUUAUCAUCCACAAAGUGUUCUUGGUGGCGCCGCUGUCCGUGGUGGCCGUGACGGCGGGCGAAGACACCUUCUUGCUGGUGUCCACCCCGACGGGCGUGAUGCGCUACAAGGUGUUCGUCAAGGGCGUUGAUCCAGACACGCUUUUCUUGUAUUAGCCAGCUCGCAACAAUCUUAUGUUUAUUAAAAUAAAGUGUUGCCGUUA